GCGGCGCGGUGACGUGUCCCACACGUGUGCGGAAGCGCCGGGCAGCGCCGGGCCGGGCAGCGCCGGGGGGGGCCGAGCCGGGCCGGGCCGCGCCGCGAUGCCGCUCAAGGCCGUGAUCCUCAUCGGGGGCCCGCAGAAGGGCACCCGGUUCCGGCCGCUGUCCUUCGAGGUGCCCAAGCCGCUGUUCCCCGUGGCCGGAGUGCCCAUGGUGCAGCACCACAUCGAGGCGUGCGCCAGGGUGCCCGGCGUGAAGGAGAUCCUGCUGAUGGGCUUCUACCAGCCCCACGAGGCCCUCAGCCGCUUCCUGGUGGCGGCGCAGCAGGAGUUCAAGAUCCCCAUCAGGUAUCUCCAGGAGUACGCGGCGCUGGGCACGGGCGGUGGCAUCUACCACUUCCGAGACCAGAUCCUCUCGGGGGGCACCGAGGCCUUCUUCGUGCUCAACGCGGACGUGUGCUCCGAGUUCCCCUUGCAGGAGAUGCUGGACUUCAGGCAGCAGCACGGGGACGCGCACAGCUUUGUCAUCCUGGGCACCACGGCCAACAGGACGCAGGCUCUGAACUACGGCUGCAUCGUGGCCAACGCCGACACGCAGGAGGUGCAGCACUACGUUGAGAAGCCCAGCACGUUCGUCAGCGAGGUGAUCAACUGCGGCAUCUACCUGUUCACGCCCGCCAUCUUCCAGCACAUCGGCGAGGUCUUCCAGCGGAACCAGCAGGAGCUAGCGCUCUGUCCUUACCUUGGAGAGGAGAACUCCAAUGGCUGGCAGCGCGCAGAAGUGAUCCGGCUGGAGCAGGACGUCUUCACAGCGCUGGCUGGGAGCGGCAAGCUCUAUGUCUACAAAACCGAUGGCUUCUGGAGCCAGAUCAAAUCGGCUGGCUCUGCUAUCUACGCCAGCCGCCUCUACCUCAACCGGUACAGCCAAACCCACCCCGAGAGGCUGGCCCAGAACAAACCUGGAGGCCCCAUCAUCCGAGGGAACGUGUACAUCCACCCCACGGCCUCCAUCGACAGCACGGCGGUGCUGGGCCCCAACGUCUCCAUCGGGGAGGGGGUGACGGUGGGAGCCGGCGUGCGUGUGCGCGAGUCCAUCGUCCUCCACGGGGCCUCGCUGCACGACCACACCUGCGUCCUCAACACCAUCGUGGGCUGGGACAGCACCAUCGGGCGCUGGGCCCGGGUUGAAGGAACGCCCAGCGACCCCAACCCCAACGACCCCUAUGCCAAGAUUGACAGCGAGACCCUCUUCAGGGAUGGCCGCCUCACCCCUUCCAUCACCAUCCUGGGCUGCAGCGUCACCAUCCCUGCCGAGGUUGUUAUUCUUAACUCCAUCGUCCUUCCUCACAAGGAGCUGAGCCGCAGCUACAAGAACCAGAUUAUCCUCUGAGUUCGCUGCUGGCUGGGCUGGGGUGGCCUCUGUCACCUCCUGGGGGUCCCCAGCCCCCCGGGGGGCAGGUGAGGAGCCCUGCAAGUGCCUGAUUCCUGCUCCAGACAGACAUUAAAGCUGGUGAGCAUCAGC